AUGUCCCUUCUAAUGUCACGGGUUGCAGGUGCAGAGAGUAGUAACUGUUGUGAAUAUCAGAGCUUGCUUAAGACGAUGAUAGCACUUGUGUCGGUGUUGCACUUUCCACUCUCCAAUGGACUUCCCACACAAACCCACAACCUCAAUUCGCAUCACCGUUUUCCUUCUUCCUUCACUUUCCCCUCAUCGAUCCCCAACAAAACCAUGGUCUUCGGCGUCAAUCCCAGCGACUCCAAAGAUCCUUCUUUUUUCGAUGAAAAUGGCAUCGUCAACGACAUGGAGGGUUACCUCAACCACCUCUCCCUCGAAUACGACUCUGUCUGGGACACCAAACCCUCUUGGUGUCAACCCUGGACAAUAGCUCUCACUGGGGUUGCAGUUAUUGGCAUUAGUUGGUUAAUUUUGCAUUCUCUCGUAGUCACUUCGCUUGUAUCGUCGCUAAUAUUUGCAUGGUGGUACAUUUUCCUCUAUUCUUAUCCCAAGGCAUAUUCAGAUAUGAUUGCUGAGCGCAGAGAAAGAGUUACAAAUGGUGUUGAAGACACAUUUGGUCAAAGGAAGAAUCAGUGA